AUGUUUGGAACGAGGACCUUGAAGGAAACACGAAAUCCGCUUCCGGCGACCUUCAUGCGUGGCGGAACAUCGAAAGGCAUUUAUAUCAACAGAGCUGAUCUCCCCAUCGAUCGUGCUGAAUGGCCUCGCAUCUUUUUGGGGAUCAUGGGCUCACCAGAUCUCGAAUAUGGACGGCAGUUGAACGGGAUGGGAGGCGGAGUCUCGUCGCUUUCGAAAAUAUGCGUCGUUGGACCACCAACCACAUCCAACACCCCUCCAACGGCAGCUACGAAUUCGCCUGACAUCGGAGCUAUCUCUCCCCACAACUUCUCCUCUGCCCACCACGCCAAAUAUCCUUCCUCUGAUGAUGCGACCGUAGACGUCGAGUAUACGUUCGUGCAAGUCGGCAUCAAAGACAGCGUAGUCGAUUACUCGGGAAAUUGUGGCAAUCUGUCGAGCAUGAUUGGCGUCUUUGCAGUGGACGAGGGCAUGUGCGUACCUCGCAUAUCCACUUCGGCCCCAACGGAUGUGGAUGGUGAGAUGGCGAGAGGUACGGUACGGGCAUGGAACACGAACACGAACAAGAGAAUCGACAAUACUUUUCCCAUCGAGCAGGUGGAAUACGGAUCGGACUCGAUAUCGAGGGAGCGAGCUAGCAAGGACGGGCGACGAUGGGUGCCGGUGCUAGAUAUGGAGGAAGCAAGCGUUGCCGGCGUAUCCGGUAUGGCAUCCCAGAUCAUCCUGGAUUUCGUGAACCCCGGAGGAGCAAGGACGGGGAAACUGCUUCCUACAGGCGGUCCAUUGGACUUUCUUGCGCUUCCAUCACAUUUUCAACCGCCGACCUUGGCCUUCCAUUCGAAUCAGGCCGUCAAUGUGAAGGUGGAGGUGUCUUUGAUUGAUGCGACGAAUCCGACGGUCUUCGUCAGUGAGUCUGCGGUCCGCGAUACACUGUGCCAGAUAACAGGUUCUGCGCAAUCAGCCGCUGCCAGCGGUGCUGAAUCUAGUGUGAUACCGUUGGAUUUCAGCAGCGGUGAACUUAUGGGUUUGCUGGAAUGGAUCAGAAAGGCCGGCGCGGAACGUAUGGGCUUGGAUCCAUCUGCUCAGGCGCAACCAAAGAUUGCCAUCAUCAGCCUCCCUCCCGCUUUGGACGAUGUGGACCUUGAAGUCCGCGCUUUGUCCAUGGGUGUACCGCAUAAGGCUGUCCCGAUGACGGUGGGACUUUGUCUAGGCGUUGCUGUACGUAUACCUGGGACCAAUGCUCAUAAGGCCGUAUCCGAAGGACGGAGAACGAUCAAGAAGAAAGGCUCGAAGUUGGUGACGCUGAAACACCCGGGAGGUACGGUAGAUGUCGGAGCUGAGUUUGAUGAGAGUGGUGACGUGAGGAGUGCGAAAGUUGUGCGGACAGGGAGGAGGUUGAUGAGAGGAGUCGUUUGGUGGUGA